AUGGAAGAGUCCCUGGACGGCCGCGAGGGCGGCGCCACUGCGCCGGGCUUCGAUUCGGCGGCCAUCUUAAAUGACGACGUGUCCCCCACCACCAGCUUCUGUUACAGCAUACCGAACCUUUUUAACGGGUUGGGCACAGGUUCGGUUCUCUGCGAGCGUCCCGAAGGAGAGCCAGCUGAAACGUUCACCAACACCGAGGCAUCCGAGGAGACGGUAGACCACCAGCAGUAUGAAGAAGACGAGGAGUACUCACCCAAAUCAAAUUCCAAAGGUGAUCUUCCUAAGCGGAAACAAAGACGAUACAGGACCACCUUUUCCAAUGUCCAGUUGGAGCAACUGGAGGCUGCAUUUCAUAAAACUCACUACCCUGAUGUAUUCUUCAGAGAGGAGUUAGCUAUGAGGAUAGAUCUUACUGAAGCAAGAGUGCAGGUCUGGUUUCAAAACCGUCGCGCGAAAUGGCGUAAACAGCAGAAGGUGGGAUGCGAGUCGUACCCUGGUAGAGGCAGAUCUCCUGACGAGAGGUCGCCUUCGGCUCUGGCGCUGGAGAUGAGGGACUUCAUCACCAUACCUGUUUCAUCUUCACAGAUGGUAAACAUACACUCUGAUACAUCCAACCAGAACAGUUACAGCUCGAAGAAGCAGCCAGCUCCAGCAAUCCACAUAUCAGCUCUACCAAAUAGACAAAACCCUCAAAUGGAACUACCAUCGUUCUCGAUACCACUACAGUACAACCUAGGAACCUUCAAGAAGAUCGGAGAGGAUGUCCAACUAGAUCUCGAACCUUCCACAGAAACUGUACAACAAACUCAAUGGGAUACGCGAAUGAUUCCCAACUUUAGUCUCAUGAAUUUAAAACCACUUUUAGAUAACAGAGAAAAUAUAGAUAUGACUGAACUAAAAUAUGAUGUUAAGAAUGAAGCUAGUCGAGUUAACUUUAAUGAAAUAGCGGGAACAGUAGCACAAGCGACUGCUAUAGAGGCAGAUGAUAUUCUAGGCAAAAGUGUUAACGAAGGACAGACCAUUUCUCCCGAUUUCAAUAUAGAAAGAUAUCAAAGCUAUCACAGUGAUAACGAAAAGCGAUUCAGGGAAACUAGUUUUGAUGAAGGCAUGAUUGAAGAUAGUAGGAAUGAUUUUGUGUGCGACAGUGAUUUCUUGUGUAAAAACAAUUUCGAGAAAGUUGAAGAGAAACGCAAUGAGUUUGAGGACUGCCAUUUGCUGGAUGCAGAUGCCAACGUAGCCAUUGGUACUUUCGAUAGUAAUUUGUAAUAUAUUGCAGUUUUAUACGUAUGUUGUUAUGUUUCAAUUUUAAUAAUUAAGAAAUAAGAAUCUCA